AUGGGUACAUACAUUUUGAUCAGGUCUUCAUUCCCAACCUCUCUCUCUCAUCUGUACAUCACUCUGUUCUGUUAUUAACAUUUCUUAACUAUUAUAUUUUAUCUCUUUCAGAUUAAUUCACAAGAGAUUUAAGAAGACGAUUAUCAGCGCACGGGGUGGGGGUGUGACAGUGGCCACAAAAAGACUUUUGGGGCAGCUGCCGAUCUCAGCACAGUCGUACUCAGCCUCUCCCUACUUAGACUUAACACUCUUCUCUUAUGACGACAAAUGGGUGUCUGUGAUGGAACGCCCAAAGAGCUGCGCUGAUCAUCCCAUCAGGUUUUAUGGUCGUGAUUCUGGCCUCAUCAAGUUCAGCAUUCAUGCUGGACGUGGCAGUCUCUUUGGAUCUUCAACAUCCUUAUCGUCCACCAGAAGCCUUGUGGCCUUUACCUUUCAUCCAGCUGAUCCAUUCACCAUAUCUGUCCAGCGAGCAAAUGCAGAUUAUGUUGUGAACUUCCACUUGAGACAUAAACCAAGCUGACAGGGAUUUUAUUCUAGCAGUGAGCUUGUGAUUCUUUGGAAUAUAGAUGUAUCCAAAGAUGUCAAGCUCUUUCUUUACUUUUUUAUCUGCUUUUGUUGCAGUUACCUUUAAAUAAUGUUAUGGAAAUACAUUUGAUGUGAUGCUUGAAAUAAGUAUAAUGUAUUGCUGUCUGAAAGGCAAGUCUCAAUGAAAUAUCUUGAUUUUCAAAGAUGUAAUAUAGAUGGUUCUUCAGUCUGUAUUGUUGAUAGUUUAAUUUUUUCUCUGGGCCCAAUAUUUCAAGGUCAUUUUAGUGACUAUAUAAUCAGUGAGACAAAGCCAUAGGACCUUACAAAAAUAUGGAUUUUAUCUUAAUUAAAAUAUGUAUAUAGAAUAUUUACAGUACUCACCUUAGUUACAGAAACAUGUACUAAACUCAGCAGUUAGAAAAGUUGUUUCUUCUUUAAGGAUGUUAUAGCUCUUUUUUUUAUCAGAAAAUAUUACGACAACCACUGUUUGAGUUUUUCAAUAUAAUCAUUCCUUUAUUGAUUAAAACUCAUUUUAUUUUGAUUAGAAGCCAUCUUAAUCCAAUGCUGCUGGGAGUGGCAUGUACAUACAUGCCAUGCCCACUGUAAGUUUAGUUUGUUAAUUGUCUUUACACAUAGAUGGUUCCACACAUGUAUACCCUUUACUUUGAUUUUUGGAAAAAUUUUCCUGGAAUCAUAUUUUGCUAUUAGUAGAGUCAAUAAAACUAUAAUUAUAAUAUCAAUAAUACUAUUAUUAUUAUUAUCAGUAUUGAUAGCAUUAGUGAAAAACAAGUUUUUAUUGUAAACUCAAGGAACAGUGAACGCAGCUGAGAUUCCUUUGUGGCUAAGUACUUGUAGAGUCAUCUAUGUGGAGAAACCUUUUGCAAAACAAUACAAUAGUGAACAUUACAUUUUCCCAGCAACAUGGGUUAAGAAAUGUCAUAUUGGAAGCUUUAAAUGUACUAGGUAUUUGUGCAAUAAAAAGAAUUAAGGAACUUUUAUUAAAAAAAAAAAAAUACAAAGGUGAUAUUUAAGAAUCAGGAAAAUUGCAUUGUAUACUCACAUGCACUCACACAUAGACACAUGCAGUUGCCACAAUCUGUAGCACAUAUACAAAUACACAUACAAACAAACAAGCAAACAAAUAACCCCCCCCCACACACAUACAAAUAUAUAAAACAAAUAAAACAUUAUGAUGUAAAGGGUUUAACUUUUUUGUUAUAUACUGUUAUAAAGAUCAGUUAAGGAUACCUUAUUUCAUAUAUUUUAUACAGAUGUGCCUCCUCAUUAUAUAUAGUAUUUUUAUACUAAUAUUGAAUAAAGUUGUGAAUACUUUUGAUAA